AUGAGCCGACGUCGGAUGCUGCCCACCAUUUUACUUCAGGUCCAGAGAAUCCACACAGCAGGGCAGCACGUAGUAAAAUCCAAAACAGGGGCAGAGCAUCGCUGGCUGGAGAGGCAUUUCCGAGAUCCAUUUGUGAAGCGAGCCAAAGAGAGGAACUAUCGUUGCCGAAGUGCUUUCAAAUUGCUGGAGAUUGAUGACAAACAUCGCCUCUUUCGGCCUGGGCUGCAUGUCCUCGAUUGUGGGACGGCCCCCGGAGCCUGGGCUCAGGUAGCGGUUGAAAGAGUCAAUGCCACAGGAUCUGAUCCAGAUCAGCCUGUUGGCUUUGUCCUUGGAGUUGAUCUCCUUCACCUUUUCCCCCUGGAAGGAGCGAUUUUUCUCCCUCAUGCCGAUAUCACGGAUCCGGGCACCCAGAAGGAGAUCCAAACUCUUCUCCCGAAAGGAAAAGCGGAUAUUAUCCUAAGCGACAUGGCGCCGAAUGCAACCGGCAUCCGGGAAUUCGAUCAUCAAAAAUUGAUCCAUCUCUGCCUGUCCCUUUUGGAUCUGGCCCAAGGCAUUUUGCAGCCAGGAGGGGUCCUGCUGUGCAAAUUCUGGGAUGGCAAGGAGAGCCAUCUCCUCCGAAGCCGACUGUUGCAAGACUUCCGGGAAGUGAAGACCCUAAAGCCUCAAGCGAGUAGAAAAGAAUCGGCGGAGACCUUUUUCUUAGCAAAAACAUACCAAGGGGUGUCAAAUGUGCAGCAGAAGAAACUUGAGUAGCUCCGUGCAUUCUGUGUGGCAUCGCUUACCAGACAUGGUUGCAGCAGCAAUAGUUGCAUUUUUUGUUGGGGGAGGGUGCUGCAGAUUGAAAUUUUGCAGGCUGCUGGAGAAGUGGAG